UGUUCAUAAUACUUCAAAUUCCUAAGCAGCAUCAAAAUUUAGACACAUGCAUAUAACUUCAGUAUGGAUUUCGAGGCAACCUUUUUACAAAAAGAGCCUGGCUUGCGAGGUUGCCUUUUUACACUGUAAAAUUUACUAUAUCGUUGUACCCUUUAUACAUUUUACAUGAAGUAUCACGAGUUGUGUUUCCAAUAUGGCGUCCGGAACCCAGUUUGGUAAAUGCUUUUUCGCUGAGUUAAGGGGUUUCUUCAAAAGCCAGGAAAUGCCGAAGACGAUUUGUAGAAGGAGGUAAAGAAAUGGAUCUCAAAUAUCAAAGACGUGUAACUCUUUUCAAAAGCGGUGAUCCAAAAAUUGCUAAGGUGGUAAAUGUCCCAGAUAGUAUUGCUGAGUUGUGUAUGAUUGCUCAGCAACAGCUCAAUAUCAGUGACUGUAAACUUUUCACCAAUAAAGGAGCGAUCAUUGACAAUCUUGGGCUUGUGAGAGAUGAUGAUGUUAUAUAUGUCUCAGGUGGAGAAUAUUAUAAUGAUUCCUCCGAGGACUGGAUUACGCUUAACGUUGGGGGAAGGCGUUUCACCACAACAAGAGCAACAUUGGUUGCUAGUGAUCCAGAGAGCAUGCUAGCGAGGAUGUUUUCAUCACAAAAUUCGUGGAAGAGUGCAAGAGACCACACAGGAGCCUAUCUGAUUGAUCGUAGCCCUGACUAUUUUGCUCCAUUACUGAACUACCUUCGUCAUGGUAAACUGAUUUUGAAUGAGGGUGUUAACCCAACUGGUGUUCUGGAAGAGGCCAAGUUUUUUGGAUUAACCGGUGUUGCUGAACAGCUUGAAGAUAUCAUUAAGGAUUUGGAUAAGGAUGAGGACAAACCCAUAACAAGACAAGAAUUCGUCAGAAUAUUGUUAUCAACACCGUCCAACUGCGAACUCCGUUGCCAGGGAAUCAAUCUCGAAGGCGCUGACCUGUCCCGCCUGGACCUACGAUAUAUCAAUUUCAAAAUGGCCAACUUGCGGAGAGCCGACUUAUCUGGUGCCAACCUUUCAAACUGCUGUUUCGAGCGCUCGUGUUUGUCUGAAGCUCAUAUUGACGGUGCCUCCUUAAGCGGUGUCCGUAUGCAACGAGCCAGUUUGGAAGGGGCUUCACUCAGAGCAUGUAAUUUUGAAGAUCCGACUGGAGUCAAGAGUGCGAACUUAGAAGGUGUAAACAUGAAAGGUUGCGAUCUCGCUGCGAGUCAAUUGUCCGGGGUGAAUCUUCGUGUUGCCAGGAUGAAAGGCGCCAACCUGCAAAACUGCAACCUUCGCGGAGCAAUAUUGGCCGGUGCUGAUCUCGAGAACUGUAACAUGUCGGGUUGUGAUCUUCAAGAUGCUAACGUGCGUGGUGCGAACAUCGUGGGAUUGUCGCUGGAGGAGAUGCAGUCUCCACUUCACAUGUCCCUGUGGGUGCACACCCAGUCGGGACGAAACGACCACGAUGAACAUUUGGAUCUAAACAUGGCCGAUCCAAUCAGGAUUGAUGCUGGUAUACCUUGAGUUUCCCGAGAGUAUUGAGUCUUAUUGUGUGUUGAUCCUCUCUUCAAACGAUGCUUGGCGUUUGGCGUCCGGGAUAAAUGUGCCCUUGCUA